AUGCAGCCCGUGGUGGUGGGACUGUAUCUUGCUCUGUUUACCAGCAGUUUGUUACUCAGCGCUGAGGAAAUAAGCGCAGGCUGCCAGGACUGGAUUCUGGGACAAAACCGUUCAGUCUGCUGUCGACGGUGCAAGCCAGGCAACCGUUUGGUGAUGGAGUGUGGACCAGACCCUGAGAAGCUUUGUGCUCCGUGUCAUCCUAAUACUUACACAGUCAAGCCGAUGAGCAUGGCAUGCUCCAGAUGUACUCAGUGUUCAGAUCCACAGUUUGAACUGAAGGCCUGCAAUACCUCCACUGACACUGUAUGUGGAUGCAAGCCUGGCCUCCGAUGUGGAGAUAAUCAGUGCAAAUUCUGUGUUGAUGAGUGUGGAAAGGGGGAAGAGCCAACACCAAAACGGUCUUGCAGAAAAUGCCCAGAGGGAACGUUCAAUGAUAAAAUCCACAGCUCAUGUAAACCUUGGACAAAAAGUUGUCCCGAAGGACAGAUCCUUAUUGCCAAAGGUGAUGCAUUUAGUGACAUAAAGUGCAGCCGUGAGGUAACAACCUACGCACCAAGUGAAGUCAACACAGUGGAGCUACUACCAGUAGGAAAAAAAACAAAUGAUCAAUCCAUUUGGCCACUAGUUGGAAUUUUUGGAGGUGCCUCCGCAUUUAUCGCUGUGAUCAUCUUAUCUCUGUGGCUCAUUUCACGAAGAACUGGAAAAUCUGAAAACAAAACUCAAAGCAAGAACCAAGAGUUCACUGUUAUGAUGGUGGAUCAUGAGGAACCCUGCAGCUUUCACCAACCAGAACAGGAGAAAGGAGGCAGCUCAGAGUCCCUCAGCACACAGAAUUCAGAGUCUAAACUCAUUCUUUGAGACCUGCAGAUACGUACUGCAUUAUUUCUACACACUGAAUGGAUGAAGAGCUUGAUCCUAAGCUGAAGCUGUCUCAUAUUCAGAGACCAACUGUCUCUCUGUCCAGAUUAAAGAAAGCUGAAGCCUUGGAAAUGGUGUUUUCAGGCUCCUUUCAUGGUUGUGCUGUUCAUAAAUACUUACAUGAAGGGACGAAAUGUGUUGACUUUGUAAGUGCUGUUUAUUUGACUCCUGUCAAUCAUAUGGAUAGUGUUCCUCCAGAACAUCCUGUUUUCUGCUCAAGUCUUUGGGUUUUUUUAAAUGGCUUUUUCAUUAUUGCUCUAAUUGUAUCCAUCCAUUUUAUUGCUGGCUGUCCUUUUCUUUUUGAUUUGAAUGAGGCUGUUUUUCUGCUUUUUACUAUAUUUGAAAUCGGAAGCAUGCUAAUACAGUAGAUUGCCAUCAGACUCUGAAUGUUUCAAACUGCCUAUGGUUAAUCAUUGUUAUUGUUGAUCUCCGUUACUGCAAUUCCAAUUACGUCUAGUUGUGCAAAAAGUGAGCCAGCCUGCUGUUACAUGAUGACACAUUAGUGGGACAUUUUCUUGUCACAUCUGGGAGUAUAGGUGUAGAGAUGAUAUUUUGCUGGCAAUAGUAAUUAUAUUUAAACAAUACUGCAUUAAUUUUAAAAUGAAUAAAAUUGUUUAAAAAUGCUACUAAAAUUACAGUCAUAAUAUUCUGAGUUGAAACACAAACCUGACAACGUAGGAGUGCUGAAUGUGAACCACUGACACUUCUUAUAGACGUGGGCGUCUCCCACAGUCUACUGUGUCAGUCACAGGCUUGUUAAAAUACCCUGGUGGGCUUUCCCUGGUUUUCUGUUUUAUUAAUCACUCUUUUAAAUGUCUCGUUUUAGAGACAUGGACCAGCUUAGGAAGUAAUGAUUAAACAUGGCUUUCACAGUGUAAAAUAGCUGGAACUACACUAGCAAGGAGUGCCAAGCCCUGUUAUUUUAUUAGGGGUCAUUUUGCAGGCAAUUAAAACCAACUUAUUAUGUGACUAAUGAUUUGUACAGUUGUAAAUGUGAUAGUAUGUUCUAAUAUUUAGUAAUUUUUUAAUAUUUCCAAUAGUAAACUUUGUGUAAAUAAUCUCAGAGAACCUCAGGAAAGUGUACAUAUUGUAAACAGGAUUUGCACUUCACUGCCUUUUAAAUCUGACAGUUCAUUCUGAAAGAAUGAAACCAGAUAAACUACCUCUGAUCUUAAAAAGCUUGUACAGACAAGACUGGUUACCAAAAACAAAUGCAGAAAUUAUCCCUGAUAAACAGUUUGGGUUAUGAUAUUUGGCAGUUUAUUGACAUUUAAACACCCCUAUGACUCAUGGGGUGCUCACAGAUAUCCCCACCUACUAAGUCAUUAAACUUUUGAAGAAUGAACGUGACUCAUAUACUAUCAAAGGUUUUAUCCAACAUGUUUUUUUGCCUCAUUUAACAGCAAAGGAUUAAAGAAUUAAAAUUCCUUCUGCAUUUACUGCACUGUGAAUCACCGGACGUUACAUUCUUUUAUAAUUUAGGUUUCAUUUUCCCAAUGCCUGAUAAUCUUCAGCUACAAUCAAUCUGUUAAAGGAAUAUUAUGAAGGACUGUCUAUGUAUAAGUUGUAUCACCUCACAUCAGCAGUCUGGAAAAACCCUGUGAGAAUAGUUUAGUGAGAAUGUGGAUUGUGUGGGCAGAAACAUCUACAGGUCAAUGUGAUGGUCAGAUUCAGGCAUGCUGCCGGAUUACGCUAACGCUGACCGUCACAGUAGUGUGGCAUAAAUGAGUCAAAUGAAUUAUUUUCUUUUUUUUUUAUCUUCCUUUUUAUCCUAUGCUAUGACUAUUGUGUAUUUGUAAGAAUUUGUACAGUUCAUGCUUUUUUAACUUCUAAAUAAAAUGUUAAAUUUUUCAUUUUG